CGAGAAGAUGGAUCUCUAGACAGAUAAAUCUAGAAUCACUCAAAUCUCUGCUCUUCUUCCGAUUCAGAUCGGAUCAAAUUUGUAUCUAGCUACACUGUUCUCUUCUUUUUUUUCCGAUUGAUUCGGAUCGGAUUUUGUUUUUGGUCGAUUUCGAAUUUGGCGAUCGAUCGAUAGAAUGAUUUCGAAUCCACGUCUGUUGUUCUACUCCUGCAUUGCGAAAGGAACAGUGAUUCUCGCUGAGUUUGCUUCAAAGGAAGAGCCAGGAAUCGAAGAUCUAGCUUUGAGAUGCAUUGAGAACAUACCUCCACAUCAUUCGAUGAUCUCUCACACAGUUCACAAAAGAACCUACGCUUUGAUCAUCGACGGAUUAUUUUCGUAUUUCGCGAUUUUAGACGAGGUCGUUGCGAAAUCGGAGUCUAUAUGGCUCUUCAAUCGAUUGAAAUCAGCUACAGAGUCUCUAAUGGAAGACGGAUCUACGGCGGAUUCGUUGGAUAAUCCGACUCAACACUGUCUCCAAUCAAAGCUCGAUCCAGUUUUCGCUGAGAUCGCUGCUGUUGGUGGUAAUCAUAAUAAGGAUUUGGAAUUGGAGUUAGGUAUGGCUGGAUCACCGAGGAGUAUAACGAGGGAGAUUAAGAAUAAUCAGAGUUUGGAUUCGUCGAGAGGACGAAAAGGCGGUGCGUUGAUGCCGCUUUUAGGAAAGCCAUUGAGGGUGUUGAAGAACAAGAAGAGAUUGCAGACGGAAGCAAAAAGUGAAGGGAAUUGGAAUGAGAAGAAGAUGGAUUUAGGAGGAGGAGGUAAGGGAGUGAGAAAUGGUUUGAUGAUUCAUGAUCAUCAUAGACAAAAGGCAAAGCAGAUAUGGAGGAAACAUGUGUGGAUUGUUUUGAUGUUUGAUCUCUGUAUCUGUGUUGUUCUCUUUGGAAUCUGGCUUUGGGUUUGUCAAGGGUUUCAAUGCAUCGAAGGUGAUGCCUUUACCAGAAACAAUUUUCCAAAGGAUUUCCUCUUCGGAGCCGGCACUUCUGCUUAUCAGUGGGAAGGAGCUGUUGAUGAAGACGGAAGAACUCCUAGCGUCUGGGAUACUUUCUCACACUCUUACAAUAGAGGUAAUGGAGAUAUAACAUCAGAUGGGUAUCACAAAUACAAGGAAGAUGUUAAGCUGAUGGCAGAAAUGGGCUUAGAAUCAUUCAGAUUCUCUAUCUCCUGGUCAAGACUAAUACCUAAUGGAAGAGGACUCAUUAACCCCAAAGGUCUAUUGUUUUACAAGAACCUCAUCAAAGAACUAAAAAUCCAUGGAAUCAAACCACACGUUACACUUUACCACUAUGAUCUUCCUCAGUGUCUUGAAGAUGAGUACGGAGGAUGGAUCAACAGCAAAAUCAUAGAAGACUUCACUGCUUUUGCAGAUGUAUGCUUCAGAGAGUUUGGGGAGGAUGUGAAGUUAUGGACUACCAUAAAUGAAGCUACAAUUUUCGCCAUUGGUUCUUAUGACCAAGGAAUCUCGCCGCCUGGACAUUGUUCUCCUAACAAAUUCAUCAAUUGUACUACUGGAAAUUCUUCUACAGAACCAUAUCUUGCAGGCCAUAACAUAUUGCUAGCUCAUGCCUCUGCUUCAAAGUUGUAUAAACUAAAGUACAAGAGUAAGCAGAGAGGAUCCAUAGGGCUUAGUAUAUUUGCAUUCGGGUUAUUUCCCUAUACAAACUCCAAGGAAGAUGAAAUCGCAACUCAAAGAGCUAAAGGUUUCUUCUAUGGCUGGUUGUUGAAGCCUUUGGUAUUUGGAGACUAUCCGGAUGAAAUGAAGAAAACUGUGGGAUCGAGAUUACCGGUGUUCUCAAAGGAGGAGUCAGAGCAAGUUAAAGGAUCAUCUGACUUUAUAGGAAUUAUUCACUACUUAACAUUAUAUGUCACAAACCAACCCUCACCUUCUAUCUUUCCCAGCAUGAGUGAAGGCUUCUAUAAAGACAUGGGAGUAUAUAUGAUCUCCGCUGGAAAUUCUUCAUUUCUUGCGUGGGAGGCUACUCCAUGGGGUCUUGAAGAUAUUCUUGAGUAUAUAAAGCAGAGCUAUAACAAUCCUCCAAUCUACAUUCUUGAAAAUGGUAUGCCGAUGGAACGCGUUUCGACAUUACAAGACACACAAAGAAUUGAAUUCAUUCAAGCUUACAUUGGUGCUGUGCUCAACGCCAUCAAGAAUGGAUCGGACACGAGAGGUUACUUUGUAUGGUCGAUGAUUGAUUUGUAUGAGUUAUUGACUGGAUAUACGACCAGCUUCGGAAUGUACUAUGUGAAUUUCAGCGAUCCUGGUCGCAAGAGGACUCCAAAGCUCUCUGCUUCUUGGUACACUGGUUUUCUCAAUGGUACAAUUGAUGUUUCUUCUCAAGAUACUAUUCAGUUGCAGAGCAACUUCUCUGGCUCUUCUUCAUUGUAAUGUAUUUAACCAAAGGAUCCUUGUUUGGUUUAUUUAAUCUAUACUAAGAAAAAUCUCAGUAACUUGGCAAAUGGCUUGAUAAGAUUUGCAUAUAAAAAUGUCAACUAGAU